CCUCACGCAACACUAAAAAACACGCACAAAAAGCGUCUUUAUUAUAUUACAUAUUUUCAUGGUCUUUAGUCGAACUCAAAGCCGAAACCUGAACAGCGCCUCUUUGUCCAAAAUCCAACAACGUAAUUUUGCCGCAAACAGUCGAAAUCUCCUAAUCUAGCCCCGAAACCCGCCACUUUGCUCACAACCUCAGAUCCACUCCUCUCUCACGUCCAAUGAUAGCUAAAGCUAAAAGCACAAAAGUCUUCGGUUCCUCUUAAACUUUCAUGCUUUUUCCCUUGUGAUUGUCGUCUUUGUUUAAUGCAGUUGCAGUUUAGAGAGAGAGAUUUUCAGAUAGUGGGAGGGGAAGAGAUGGCAACUCAGGUUGUGAAAGUGAAAAGGGAGACCCUGGAGGCAUGCAUGACGUGCCUUCUUUGUAAGAAGCUCUUGAAGGAAGCUACAACGAUAUCUUUGUGCCUCCACACGUGGAAGUUUCAAGUUGAUUAGCCUUUUUGUGGUUAUACUGCGGAUGUCGAUAGAGGUUUCCAUGGGUUGUUACAUAUGGUUUCAAAACCAUUCAGUAAGAUCAACUAUGCAAUUUUGUACCAUUUAUGACCUGACCAGGAUGUUUGUAAAUGAAGAGGGGGAGUUUGUUACACCCCAAUCCCACUUUGGCAGAAUGAAUAACUCAAAUAGUGUGGUUUGCAGGAAGUGCAUAUAUGAGAAGCUCUCAGAUGAGGAGGUGGAUCGUUGUCCUGAAUGCAACAUUGAUCUGGGCAUUCUUCCAGUGGAGAAACUCAGGCCAGACCACAAUUUGCAAGAUAUAAGGGCCAAAAUUUUCCCUCUGAAGAGAAGGAAAGUUGAGGCCCCUGAAAUUACAACACUGCCAAUUAAAAGGAAGGAGAGAUCACUAUCUUCAUUGGUGGUCAGCACUCCCAAAGUGCCAAUACAGAGUGGCUUGACUGGAAGGAGAACAAAAGCUGCAAGAAAAGCUUCUGUGAUGCGAGGAUGCAGUUUUUCCAUUGAGGAAGUUGCCAAGAAAGAAGAUUCUGCUGGUGAUCAUCCGUUGAGCUCCAGCUCACUUGAUUCUCAAUUUAAAACUACUCGAAAUAAAAGGCAGGAUUAUUCAGGCACUGAAUCUUUUAAUGAGCAAAUACCUAAGGAAGACACAGAGAAUGAUGUGGAGUUAAUUGAAGGGAAAGUUGAUCUGUGGACACCCUUGAACUGUCUUGUUGAAGCUGCGAACAGAACCAAAACCUCUAAGUUUAAUUCAUCGGGGCUGUCACUUGCCAAAUUGGAGCAACCUAACCAUGGUACUGAAGUAUAUAUGCCUGAAACCAAAGCCAGAGCAGAAUCACCUAGUGCUCCUGACAGUGAAGUAUAUAUGCCUAGAAGCAAAAGAAAUGGACACAAUGCUAAAGUCCAGGAUGAAACUAAUGGAACGACCUCACCUCCAGGACCUUUAAAGCGUAGAAGGUUGCGUGCAGCAGGUCGUAAAAUCACAGCUGCAUCUAGGCAGCUGCACUCCUCGUCCCAAGUCAUGCUAGAUGUUUCAGGUUCUAAGCGCAACAGAAGAAAUAGUCCAAUUUGGUUCUCAUUAGUUGCUUCAGAAGACAGGAAAGCAGAUGUUUCCUUGCCACAGAUAUCUGCCUGUUACAUAAGGAUAAAGGAUGGUAAAAUGCCUGUUUCGUUUAUCCAAAAGUAUCUUGUGAAGAAACUUGAUCUUACGAGUGAAACUGAGGUGGAGAUAAUGUGCCGAGGUCAGCCGGUGGUUCCAUCAUCGCAACUACAAAACUUGGUAGAUCUGUGGUUUCGGACAGCAUCAACAUCAAAAAAAGUACCAGCAUCUGUUGGUUCCUCUGCUAAGGACUUUGUGAUGGUCCUGUCAUAUUGCCGGAAAGUCCAAACCCCUUGAGAGAACUUUUUUUCAGUUUUUUCCCCUUUCUUGUCCUUGCAAUCUACAUCUCUAAUUAUACAAGUCCUUUGAAUCUUUGAGGCUGCAUCAACUAAGGUCAUUCGAUCAAUAAUGUAUGUUAGUGCAAUCUAUGUUUUCACCUGAAUAAACGUUUUUAAUUAAUUUUAUUCUAUUGGUUUGCCAUAUCA